UCUUUGCUGUGAGGUGUUGGUGGCCCGGGAGUUGGGGAGGGAAGGUGAUGGUGCAGUGGGGCGGGGGAAGGACACAUUACCUAUAAAUUGAAAGUCAGCUUUCACUUUAGUUUGGUUGAUUUACUGUGACAGAUCAGCAAAACUAUAGACAUAAUUAUCAAUAUGAUAUGAUAACAGAAUUUCUUAAUGUUAAAUGAGGAAUCGCACACUCAGUUAGGUCUUUGUUUAAUCUGAAAACUGAAAAACGUUUAAUUCUUCUUGGAGCCACAGAGCCUGGAGCCACUGUAGCCUGGAGCAAGCUACUUUUCUCACUGUCAUGAUUGUCCUCGAGGCUGUUCUUUUCGCACAUGACGAAAGCUGGCAAUGUGAACAAACAGUAGUAAAUUAGAUGAUUGCUUACAGAUGUAAGGAAACUCACUCUUUCUGGAAAAUUGGAAACAUCGAGAACUUCAAAGCGAGGCCACCCAACAGCCAUCACAAUCAAUUGCUGGAGAAUUGCUAGGUUUUACUCCAGCUAGCACUGCAGUUCUUAAAAACUAAAUAUUCCAAAUGCAAAUAUCUAAAACUUUAAAGCCCCUUUAAAUCUAAGACCCUAAACAGUGUUUAUCAAAGCAUGUUCCAAGAACCAUCUCCAUCAGCAUAUUUAAGCUGGUAUUAAAAAUGCAGAUUUCUUGGCCUGCUCCCCAUGCACCUCCCCAUCCAUGGAAUCAUAAACUGUUAGGAGCUGCCAAGAUUCUGCAUUUUUAAUAUUUCUAUUUCCCUCACCAUCCCUUUCCAGCAAUUUUUGUGCACAGCAAAGCAUGAGAACAUCCUUCCUAAAGUAUGUUUUAUCAGUUAUCAUCACCAUCAGCUAAAAUUUAUCACAUCCUUCCUUCACUAGAGAUAUUUUAGGAGGACCUAAGUCCCACCUUCAGAAAAAAUAUUCUUUAUUUUUUUAUAUGUUUUAUCAGUUAUCAUCACCAUCAGCUAAAAUUUAUCACAUCCUUCCUUCACUAGAGAUAUUUUAGGAGGACCUAAGUCCCACCUUCAGAAAAAAUAUUCUUUAUUUUUUUAAAAAAGAGAUGGUCAUAUUUUAUACAGAUUUUCUAUUUUAUAAAAUAGAGGCAUACAUUGAGGGUUAUAUAAAACUGAUAUAUUUCUGAAGUUACGUGGAAUAAUUUUUAUUUCUAUUUUGAGUCAUAUUUUUGUAAAAAGCAUAUAAACAUGUUUUUCAUAAUUUGAUUUCAUUUGAAGUGAGGCACAGUUGUGUUCAUUUUAUUUUUUCUUUCAGGAAUGUCAGCUAAAGCAAGAGUAUAUAAUGUAUGUCAAGAGCAAAUGGGAAACUAGUAAAAGUUUUAAUAGAAAAUGUUAACAAGUGAAGAAACAGUAAUAAAAUUCACUUCAAAAUCACCAGGGAAAAUUUAAGAGAGCAACUAAAGAAAGCCUUCUAUUACUUGAUUUACUGAUAAACCACUUUAAAAGGACAGAUAAUUAAGCUGGAUGAAAAUAAGGGAAUCUCUUAGUUAUUACAUUUGUUAGCUACUUUGGAGCCAAACUUCACAGGCCAAAAAUAAUUGGAGCAGGGUGCCUGAUCAUGGGAGUUGGAACACUGCUCAUUGCAAUGCCUCAGUUCUUCAUGGAGAGGUACAGAUAUGAAAGGCAUUUUCUCUCCUCUAAUUCCACUCUCAGCAUCUCUCCAUGUCUCCUGGAGUCCAACAGUCAAUUACCAAUCUCAGUUAUGGAAAAACCACAAUCCAAAAGAAGUAAUGAGUGUGAAAUUGACAGCAGCUCCUCCAUGUGGGUUUAUGUCUUCCUGGGGAACCUUCUUCGUGGAAUUGGGGAAACUCCCAUUCAGCCUCUCGGCAUCGCCUACCUUGAUGAUUUUGCCAGUGAGGACAAUGCGGCUUUCUAUAUUGGGUGUGUGCAGACGGUUGCAAUUAUAGGACCAAUCUUUGGCUUCCUGUUAGGCUCGUUAUGUGCCAAGCUGUAUGUUGACAUUGGCUUUGUAAAUCUAGACCAUAUAACCAUUACCCCAAAGGAUCCCCAGUGGGUAGGUGCCUGGUGGCUUGGUUAUCUAAUAGCAGGGACCGUAAGUCUUCUUGCAGCUGUGCCCUUCUGGUGUUUACCAAAGAGUCUACCGAGACCCCAAAGCAGAGAACAUUCCAAUUCCUCCUCUGAGAAGUCUAAGUUUAUUAUGGACGAUCACACAGACUGCCGAACACCUCUUGGAGGAAAAGCAAAAAUAAUGGAAAUGGCAAGAGAUUUUCUGCCGUCACUGAAGAGUCUUUUUGGAAAUCCAGUGUACUUCUUGUAUUUGUGUGCCAGCACCGUUCAGUUCAAUUCUCUGUUUGGCAUGGUGACAUACAAACCAAAGUACAUUGAGCAACAGUACGGGCAGUCGUCCUCCGAGGCAAACUUUGUUAUCGGGCUUAUCAACAUACCUGCAGUGGCCCUUGGAAUAUUCUCUGGGGGGAUAGUUAUGAAAAAAUUCAGAAUCAGUGUGUGUGGAGCCGCAAAACUCUACUUGGGAUCAUCUGUCCUUGGGUACCUCCUAUUCCUUUCCCUGUUCACUUUGGGCUGUGAAAACUCUGAUGUGGCAGGACUAACCGUCUCCUACCAAGGAACCAAACCUGUCUCUUAUCAUGAACGAGCUCUCUUUUCAGAUUGCAACUCAAGAUGCAAAUGUUCAGAGACAAAAUGGGAACCCAUGUGUGGUGAAAAUGGAAUCACGUAUGCAUCGGCUUGUCUUGCUGGUUGUCAAACCUCCACCGGGAGUGGAAAGACUACUAUAUUUUACAACUGCACCUGUGUGGGAAUUGCAGCCUCAAAAUCAGGAAAUUCUUCAGGCAUGGUGGGAAGAUGUCAAAAAGAUAAUGGAUGUCCCAAAAUGUUUCUCUAUUUCCUUAUCAUUUCAGUCAUCACGUCCUAUACUUUGUCUCUAGGCGGCAUACCUGGAUAUAUAUUGCUUCUGAGGUGCAUUAAGCCACAACUUAAGUCUUUUGCCCUGGGUAUCUACACAUUAGCAGUAAGAGUUCUUGCAGGAAUCCCAGCUCCCGUAUAUUUUGGAGUUUUGAUUGAUACUUCAUGCCUCAAAUGGGGAUUUAAAAGAUGUGGAAGUAGAGGAUCCUGCAGAUUGUAUGAUUCAAAUGCUUUUAGGCACAUGUAUCUGGGACUAACCAUGAUGCUUGGCACAGUGUCCAUUUUCCUAAGCACUGCAGUACUUUUCACUUUACAGAAAAACUAUGUCUCAAAACAUAGAAGCUUCAGAACCAAGAGAGAAAGAACAAUGGGGUCUACAAGAAUCAGGAAGGAAAAUUUUACUACAAGUGAUCACUUGCUGCAACCCAGCUACUGGCCAGGCAAGGAAACGCAGCUUUAGAAAAAUGAUGACUUCAAGCCAUUUUUUCUAAUUUCUGGAAAUUCUGCAAACAAAAUUUUAAUGAAAAGGUAUAAAUCCUUUCUCCUUUCAAAAAAUGUCUAAUACCUAGUAUCAAAAACAAAGUAAAGUACCUGAUAAAAAAUAUAAUUAAUUAUGUUAUAGAAGAUAUAGAGGGUAAAGUUAAUCUUAAACCAUUUAAUUUAUAAAUAAAUUCCUUACAUUAUUUACUCAUUCUGCUUAAUUUUGCUGGCACCCAUUGAUAUAUUAGCUGUAUUCCAAGUAGAACAACUUAUCCCUCUAGUUUAAUGACUAUGUGUAAAGUAAUUACUAAGCUGAGAUACUUGUCCAGGAUAAGAGAAUACAUGAAAAAAAAAUUAAACCAUGUCUUAGCCUCCUUCAAAUAUCACCUUAAUGGAGGAAUAUUUUAUCUUAAGCUCCUCUUUUGUUUUGAAAUACAGUAAUUGAUAUAGAAAUGUAUAGAGGCAAAUGAUCUUGGGGGAUUUGAAUUUUGGAUAAUUAGCUCUUCUCCAGUUCAUUACAUGUACAUUAUGUGUGAGAGUUUAAGUAACCAUAGUUGGAAAAUAAUAAAAUUAAUAUUAACAUGA